UGGAAACUGUACAUUACGGUGGGAACUGUGACGGGCAUAAGAUGAACGGUUGCAUCCACAUUGCUGGGUAAAAGCUUGUCGAAGCUUGGCUAUCUUGUUCGAUAUUAACAGCUCGCAGACGUCGAGAUGAAGAUGCAGGUUACUCCGACUACGCGCACAGCUGCCUUUUUGGCACUGUUUGCUCAUGCUGCUGCUGCUGCACCGACGACAAUCAAGGCUUCGGAUUUUGCGGGCUCUGCGACUGCUGAUGUGUACCCUCCCUCGGGCACCCCAGUCAACUCUGAACUCUUCCCGCCUGAGUCUAAAGUCGGCUUCCCUGGUCCUACGCCAACUGGAGUGGAGCCUUUUGCUAUCCAGACAGCAAAGGCAUAUCCGUACAAUGACGGCAAUGCCAAUCAAUUCCCCUUGGUCAUCCCACAACCGCAUGGUAGCGAUUCCGCAUCACCAAGGUUCGACAGUAGCAAGUACUGGGGUAAUCUGGCACCGUGGUAUUCGCUACGCUCGUCAGACUACGGCUUGCCUGACGCUAGCCCGCUAGUACCAGAAUCCUGCGACAUCACGCAAGUACACCUGCUGUACCGCCAUGGUGCCAGGUAUCCGACCAGCGGUGCGGCUCCGGGCACAUUUGCACAGAAGAUUGUGAAUGCUACCAAGACUGGUCUGGCUGUCUCGGGGGAGCUCGCUUUCCUGAGUGACUGGACGUAUAAGCUCGGUGCUGAACUUCUCACGCCCUUUGGACGCAGUCAGAAUUUCCUCCUGGGUGUCGAAUACAGGCAGCUAUAUGGCCAUAUUUUGAACAACUUCACGGCCGCCAGGACCCUUCCUGUGUUUCGAACUCAGUCGCAGGACCGCAUGGUCAAGACUGCUGAGAACUUCGCCGCUGGAUUCUUUGGGGUAGGCGAAUAUCAGGAUCAGGUCAGCAUUGAGAUCCUUGUCGAGACACCUGGCCUGAACAAUUCGGGUGCGCCAUAUGAGAUUUGCAAAAACUCAAAUGUUGCCAGUAAGGGAAGCAUCGGAAGCACAGUAGCCAAUCGGUUUGCCGCCAAUGUCUUCAACUCGACGAUUGCCCGCCUACAAUCACAGGCAAGCGGAAUCAAUUUUACAUCAGUGGACAUCAUAGCCAUGCUCCAGCUCUGCUCGUACGAGACGCACGCCCUGGGCUACUCGUCCUUCUGCAGUCUCUUCAGCGAGGAGGACUUUCUAAACUACGAAUACUACUUCGACCUAUCCUUCUACUACAACAACGGCCCUGGAUCACCCGUCGCAGCCGCCCAAGGCAAGAGCUACCUGGACGAGUUCAUCGCGCGCUUUACUGGGGAAUAUCCCGCUGCAAACUCAGCUCUCAACCAGACGUUUGAUAACUCGACGACUUUCUUUCCGCUAAAUCAGUCCAUCUAUGCGGAUGCGACGCAUGAGGUUGUUGUUCUUGAUACGCUCGUUGCGUUUAAUUUGACCGCUUUGUUUAAAGGCCCACCACUUGGCCUUACGGGGAAUCGCAGGCAGAAUAGCUUCGUAGCGAGUAAACUUGUGCCGUUUGCAACGCAUUUUACUGCGCAGGUGCUUUCUUGUCCGGCGUUGCAGCCUACGAAGCAGAUACGCUUUAUUAUCAACGAUGCCGUCAUCCCUAUCGAUGAAUCGUAUCCUGGUUGCCCCGUUGACCCGAAUGGCCUCUGCUCUUUCGAUCAUGUUGUUUCUGUUCUGCAGAAGAGAAGUGCUGAAAUUGAUUUUGACUAUGAUUGCUUUGCUAAUUACACUGCUUCGGCUGGUGUUGAUUAUAAUGGUAGGGCGCCGAGAUUGUAGGGCGGUGGCAUUUCGAGGUGGCGGUAAUGGCCAAAAGUUGAUAAGAGCUUGCUAGGCAUUCAUUUUCUAUUCUCUCUGAACAUCAAACGUUUCCUGUGCCUAUGCUUGGUUGUGAGGUCAUACAACUUAUUGCCAAAAAGACAAAGAACGUAGAUGCAGCUU